AUGUCUUGGAAUGUUAGAGGGUUGGGAAGAGCAGAUAAACGGCGUAGAGUUAGACAAGUUAUGCAGGAUAGAAACGUGGAUGUUUUGCUUCUACAAGAAACGAAAAAAAGUAGUACAGAAGAGAUGUUUGUUCGAUCAUUUUGGCCGUGGGAGAGGAUGGAGUUUAUGGCUGUUGAUUCUGAAGCUAGUGCUGGAGGGUUAUUGAGUAUAUGGAAUCCAGAGGUGUUUCAGCUGCUGGAUUGUUGCUGUCAUAGAAAUUUCCUGCUCAUAUUAGGUAUAGCUCUUAGUUCAUUUGAAUGUGUUUUUAUAAAUGUUUAUGGUCCUAAUGAUGUGUCCAAAAGAGCAUUGUUGUGGGACACUAUUAUUAAUAUUAGAACAAGUUUCCAAAAGCCUUGGUGUAUGGGAGGGGAUUAUAAUGAAAUUAGAAAUAUUGAGGAUAGAAGAGGUUGUGUUAGGAGAGACAGAGGAAUGUUAGAGUUUAACAAUUUCAUUGACCAGCUGGAGUUAGUGGAAGUUCCUAUGUUAGGUAGUAGAUUUACUUGGUGUAAUUCUAUGGAGGGGGAGCGGUGGAGUAAGAUUGAUAGGUUUUUGCUGGACGCAAUAUGGUUGGAAAAGUUUAGGUUUCAAAUGUGGGGUUUACCCAGAUUGGUGUCUGAACAUUGUCCACUUUUGUUGAUGGAAGAUAAGAGGAAUUGGGGGCCUAGACCUUUUAGGUUCCUUAAUGCUUGGACAUUGUACCCAGGUUUUCUUUCAGCUGCUAAAAGAGCUUGGUCGGAGCAUCAGGUACAAGGCUGGGCUUGUUAUAGAGUGCAAAGAAGGUUAGGUGGUAUGAAAGUUGAAUUGAAAAAAUGGAACAUUGAAGUGUUUGGAUUGGUUGAGGAACAACUAAAAAAAGCAGAGGAGGAAUUGCAUGCAUACGACUUAUUAGCAGAAUCUAGGGAGUUAGCAUCCAUUGAAAUUGAAUCUAGAAGGGAGGCAAAACAUUUGGUUUGGAAGCUCAGAAAAAGGAAGGACUGGUUAUGGUUUCAAAAGUCUAAGUUGAAUUGGGCUCAACAUGGUGAUAGGAACAUGAGGUAUUUUCACAUUUGUGCAAGUAAGAGGCAAAGAAGAAAUAUGGUGGACUCAGUGGUAGUUAAUGGGGUUAGCAUUGAAGAUCCUGAGCUUGUGCGGCUUGAAGUGGUCAGACAUUUGUCAAAGGCAUUUGCUGAAGAGUGGCCAUCCAGGCCUAUGAUGUUUGGAAAUUUUGCAUCAAUUGGUAAUGUAUACAGAGGGGAGGUUCUUGAACCUGAGUUUACAAUGGAAGAAGUCUGGGAAGUAGUAAAAGGAGUGUGA